CAUAGUGAGGUUAUAAUGAUGAGCCUAAAGUUCUUCACACUUCUACUCAUCUGCAUGAAAGUAAAACGAAUUAAUUCAGAUACGAUUAUCAUUCCCAUCCGAGAAAGCACGGACGUGUGGGAGGUAACAACGUACGGCACACACGUGGUAAACACGUGGCGUAGUAAUUACGACAUGUGCAGGUCACGUGGUGCUCUACUUCCGGAGGUGUACGACAAAUACAUGACCGAGCAGGUUAAGAAGCUUGCUGGAGAUAAGGGACUAUGGCUAGGCUUACUGUACAGCAGUGAUAGAGAAUACUCCUGGGCUAGUGGAACUCAGCUCGCCUUCACUGAUUGGGCUCAUGGUUACCCUCUCACUGGUUCCAGUUCGUUUUAUGCUGUCCUGUCUUCGGAUGGCCGCUGGAGAACAACACGAGGGACUGCUGAUUUGGGUGCUGCUUGUAUGAAGAGAGUGACGAGACAGCCGAUUAAAGAGGAGAAAGAGGAGGAGCCGAGGAGACUGAUAGCUAGUAGAGAUGAGGAGGAGACGGAGGAGGAUGUGCAGUACAAACCCAGGAUUUAUCUGGACGGUAUGAUCCUGCACGUGGGGGAGAAGCCCACUGAUUGGCUGUCAGCGUAUUAUUACUGCAAGAAGAAGACGUUAACCCUUUCUGUUAUACUGACUCCAGAGUUUAACGCGAAGUUGACAAAGGUUGCCAGGCAACUGAAACAGCCGUUAUGGUUAUCCCUGGUAGGGGCUGGAGGAAGGUUUUGGUGGAUGAACGGGGUCCAGUUCCAGUUCAACCAGAUCUCCCCUGACUACGAUCUGACUGGCAGGGACAGCACUUACACCUUGCUAAAAGAGGACGGUAAAUGGCACGACAGUUGCCCUGGUGGACGUGAACCUUGUCUACUAGGUCUACCUCUGUGUGUAGAGAUAGCUCCAGAGGCUACUGCUCACCCUGGUUACAAUAGUGAUGUGGGAAAACAGGAAACUACUACCUACUACACUGCUCCCACUACUAUUGUGUAUGAAACUGUUCAAACUACAUUACCCACCAAGGAUAUGAUGACCUAUGAAGCUUCAGAUGAGUACGGAUCCUCAGCUGAAGAAGGGCUGUGUUUUAUGGCAGUAAAGGCAGCUCAGAUAAGAAAGCAGUACAGUGGUCUGAUGAUCGUGUAUAUUCCUACCUGCAGUCAGGACGGGAGCUUUACUGCUCUGCAAUGUGGACAACAGACGUGCUGGUGUGUAAAAGAAGAAGGGGAGCUGAUCACAGAGAGUAUAGACCCGACCAGGGAACUAACUACGGAACAGUGCCUUCUCUACAGAGGAGCCAUGUUAGAGGACAAUAAUGAGAUUGAAGGGGAAGCAUUGUGCGUGGUAAAAGCACGUGUUUACGACCUGGGAGAGCAGUUUAGAGAGGGCUGCAAUGUCUGCACGUGCCGGGGAAGGAACAAGAUUAAUUGUAGUCCUACCACCGAGUGUCAGCAGGAGGAGAUAUUCUGCGAGUACUGGGAUAAGUUUGACUUCACCUGUUCUUCCUGCACGUGCGAUGGCGUGCAGUCCUCUUCCUUCACGUGUCUUACUUACGACAGGCACUGUGGAAAAGAGAUGUCCCCUGAAGAUAAUAAAAUAUGGUUUGCAUACACUCAGUCCAACGAGCUGUCCACUGAAACCCCACAAAUGGCCGAUUUAGAGAACAGAAUAGUAGAGGAAUAUGAGAUUAUAUCUGGAGUUACCUUACCUCCAACUUUAACAGAAACUAUAACCAUGACAGAAACUAUAACCAUGACAGAAACUCUUCCUAUCACAGAUGCAGUAAAAAAAGUAACAAAGAAAACUGAUGCCACUGAAAAAUUAGCUGUCACUGAGAAAACUGACAUCACCUUAAACGUAACUGAGCAAGUAGAAGCAGUUUCAGAGAAAAUAGAGGUUGUUCCAGAGAAGACAGAUAAAACGGUGAAGACGACAGUUACCCCAGAAAACCUGGAGAAGCAGUAUAAGAUAACUUUAUACAUGGCAGAGAAGAAGUCCACUUGGAUAGACGCGUACUAUGACUGCCAAGGAAUGAGCAUGACACUUCCAACUGAUCUGAACGAGGUGCUGAACACUUACCUGCAAAAUUAUCUGAGACAGCACCAGAUAGAGACCUGGCUCAAUGCUGAACAGUCUAAUGGGUUUGCAUACUGGUUUACUGGUAACCCUAUGGACUACUACAACUGGGCUGCUUACAGUGAUCCCCAGUACAACUAUGGGAGAGCCUACGUGACCCUUAGCUACGAUGGCAUGUGGUACACAAAGAGCGAGUAUGAGACAAGUCAGUACUACUGUAUCAAGAUGGAGGAAGUGUCUCCUAAGGCUCUCAAGUUAGGUUAUAGAGAUACCUGCUUAGUUAGCGAUGUGGAGUAUUACAAAGGAGAGACCUUCGGUUCAACAUGCAACAGAUGCACGUGCUACUUAUACAGUACAGUAUAUGUGGACUGUGUGAGGACCCCUGAUUGUAAACACAUGACCACACCAGCUCCUCUCCCUCCAACCACACCCCCUCCAGUCAGACUCAGGGUUAAAUCUAAGUGUCACGGAGGAGUAAGGUUCCUGGAUUGUUCAACUCCUUGUGAGAGGGAAUGUGGGUCUCGUGACUCAGACUGCAGACGUCACUGUUCCCAGGAGUGUUCCUGUCCCCCAGAAAGACCAGUGUUUUAUGGAGGAUGUUGUGUAGCUGAAGCGGUCUGUAUUGAGGACGGCUGGGACUCCUGGUUUUAGACAAAUUAUACCCUUAUACAGAGUUUAAUUACUUACCAUUCGGAGAAUCGAUCUCUCAAAUCAGAACAGUGCCGAUACCAAACUCUCACUACCUAAGACUCGAAGACAAUUUUACUACGACACAUAAUUUGCUGGUGGAUUCAACAUUUUUAGAAGCCGAAUUCUUCUUGCUCCUUAGCUAUGUAACAUGUCAAUCAGACUCAGAGACGAAAGUAAAUUUUGCUUGCUGGACAUUAUUACUUUCAAAAUGUGUUCUUGGGUUUAAUUCAUGGGUUUGUCUCAAUGUUUAUUUCAUUUUUACGUAUUAUAGAUACAUCUUUAUUUGAAUUCGAAUUACUAUUAAAAUAAAAAAAUAAAAAAACAAAAGUUUUGGUAUUAUUCCAACUCGUCAGAAAAUAAAGUAAAUAUUUCUAUAUUAUCAUUAUUAUAUUAUAUUAUACAUGUACACACAUUGAAAUACAGAUUCAUUUUGAAUCUAGCC